AUGCAUGACAUAGGCCCUGCGGAUCCUGUCAUUCGAAAUCUUGUCGAUGAGAUGGUCGUCGAGUGUCCCCAGCGCGCGCUGGGAUGUGCAUAUUCAUGCCAGAGAUUACUCCUCUCGACUCACGUCGACGAGUCUUGCGCUUAUGGGAAUGUGACGUGCCAUGAAUGUGGUACGGUACUCAUCCGGAAGGAUCUUGCUGGGCACACGCAUGUCGAUACCAGCUACUCGGGGGAGGAUGUUGACACAGAGCGGAAACCUAUCUCCCAUGAGUCGAGCGCUUCUAACGAGGAGAAUGCAUCACUUGCAGCUGACUCCCAACAUGAUAUACCACAUCUUCGCGAGGACGUCUUAGUCGCGGAGAACGCCUUACUCCGGCACCGCAUCUCAGCGUUGGAAGGUAUGGUGCACAUAUUGCAACAGGAAAUGUGCAUUGUGCAACGUGCUCUUGGUCCGUGGUACAGGUCGGAGAUCACUGAUGGUUCAUGGGAGCAGGAUGUUCGUCCAGGAGUUCAAGAUGAGUAUGGAACGUCUCAAAUCGAGGCACAAAACCAGACGAAUGGAGGGACCUCACAGGCCGUGAGGAUCAAUAGGUCUACUUCCGCCACCCUUUCAUCUCAAUCCCCAGACGUAUCGCGUAUCGCGCCGCAGGGGCAUCCGCUCGAAAUUGAUUUGGCGUCUUAUUUCCCUUCCGAAGAGGAGGCGGACAAUGAAUAUAGCUCCCACAUGCAUCGAGAGCCACAGGCACAUCCCAUUAGUGCACCAUCUUCCUCCAGCAACGGCAUGCGAUCUCAAGAGGCAUUGUCGCAGGCACAAUCGGCGACGACCAGAGCCCAUGCGAUACGGUCAUAUUCGGGAUCGUACCCUCAGACAUCAGCAUUUGGUCCUACCGCACACUCUUCCAACACACCUGCUUUCACGUCUUCACUUUCGUAUCCAGGUUCGGCAGCGUCCCUCGUGCCAGCAUCCAUCUCGGUUCCCCCAUUAGAUCCAACGACGCCGCUUCCCGGAACACUUGCCUCAUUGCACUCAUCAUUGGUCUCGUUGGCUGGAGCACUCAGCGCUUUAGCAACCACGCGUGCACAGGAGGCUCUGUACACCGGCGAGGAGUUGAGAAGUCUGAGGGGCGGUAUGCACGGGCUACGCAUGCAGCUUCACGAUGUUAUGACAACGCGCAUGCCAUCCAGAGAGUCUGCCGCUACUCCUAUCAACGGUGGUGGUGGCGGCCCGGGCGCUGGUGCAGGUGAGGGCGUUGGCAUAGGUGUUGGGCUGCCCCCGUGGAUGGUAUACGGGCCUCGCCUCCCUGGUCCAACUACGUAUCCACAUAUACCAGGUUCAGUCACAGCAACGAAGCUCUAG